AUGUCCGAAGCAACCCCCCGCAUCACAGCCCAAUACCUCGAGCAAUUCUCUCACCAAAACGUCCGCAUCCUCGGCAAAGUCCGACAGCUGCGCGGCGAGCAGGCGACGAUCGAUGCUGGGGGCCAGAUCAGUGUGUAUCUGAACCGCGACGCACAUCUCCAGCUCAACCACGCGGUCGAGAUUAUCGGCAAGGUGCAGAAUGAUUUGAGCGUGAAGGUGAUGGCUUCGACGGACUUUGGGCCGGAGGGGCAGAUCGGUCAGUCUUUGUUCUUGCUAGAUGCGAAAGGCCUGAGGGCGGUGCUGACUAGGUGGAUAGAUUUUGCGGCAGUGGAGGCGGUGGUGGAUGCGACACAUCGGUAUCAUGAGAUCUUUUAUGACAAGGAGUGA